CUCGCGCAGCUCUGCUCGAAGUAGAGACCGUAAAAUCACGAAUUUUCCGCUUAUUAAAUAAUUGGCGCGACGCGACGAUGGUAAAAAUCACUCUGGAACUGAUACGAAAGCGCUCAGAGCAUAACGAGGGCGAGAUAUCCACGUUGGAGGAGAUAGCCUUGCACCAAGAGAACAUUGAUAAGAUCGAUCUGAUAAACAGGCACUGCAAAAAUCUCAAGAUCCUACUUCUGCAGCACAAUCUCAUAUCAAAGAUUGAGAAUCUGAACAUGCUGAAGAAGCUGGAGUACUUGAACCUAGCUCUCAACAAUAUCGAGGUUAUCGAGAAUCUGGAAGGUCUGGAGAGCUUGAAAAAGUUGGACCUCACCGUCAAUUUUAUCGGAAAUCUACAAAGCGUAAAGAAACUCAGAUGCAACGAGAACCUGGAGCAGUUGAUCCUAAUGGGGAACCCGUGCGCGGAUUACGAGUACUACAGGCAAUACGUCGUGGCGACUUUGCCGCAAUUGCGCGAGCUCGACAUGAGGGAGAUCGAAAGGUCGGAGCGCAUCAAGGCACUGCAAGUGUACGCGCGAGCACAAGACGACAUUAUCGAGGCGUAUCGAUGCUACGAGAAGACCAGACUGACUCGACAGGCGCGUCAUCGUCGUGACACUACACUCCAAAUCACCGAGAUAAAUGAGUCUAACGCCACAGAGGAGAAGCAAGAGACAGAAAGUACAAAGAACGAAGAGAACGGAAACGCAAACACAGAACAGAAUGACGAAUCGGAGGAUGAACGUUUCUGGAAGCAGCCUAGUUACCAUACGCCGGAAGACAGAAUCGCUAUUGCCGAACGAUUCGCCAGGAAACAAGAGAGGAAGAAUCGCUAUUCCGACAAGAGGGCCGAUCUCUCUAAGCGCGUGCUGAAAUUAUUCGCACCGGACGGACGAGCUUACAAUAUCAAUCAGCCGAAAGUGCCGUUCAAGUUAAACGACGAGGAUGACCCUAAUUUCGUGGUUCUCGAAGUUGCCGUUUACAGGCACUUGGACACCUCUUAUAUUGACGUCGAUGUAAACCCGACGUACGUGCGAGUUACCGUAAAAGGGAAGAUACUGCAGCUGACCCUACCCUGCGAGAUAUCGGUCGAGAGGAGCAAAGUCCAACGGAACACGACCACCGGGAGCUUGGUGAUCACCAUGGCCCGUUUAGCGCCGUGCACGACAAUAACCGCGAAGAGAGACGAAUCAGCGAGCGAGAAGGAGCCGUGCAAACGCGAAUCGAGGGUCACCACGGUUCGACCACUGGUGAUUUCCCGACGUGCUCUCCUCGAGAUCGGUCCGCCCUCGGAUAUUCUCGAUUUUCUUAAGAUAACCGAAGAUCCCGCCGACGCGAAACGAGGCCAGAGGAACAUCGCGAGAGCAGAGGAGAGGACUGAGAACGACUUCCAAGACAAUCCGGAUGUGCCGGCGCUCGAAUGAGUGGCGAUAAUGCGCCAGCGGACGAAGAGAGACUCAUUAUCGCGAAUGACGAUGAAUUGGAGAGUUGGCGCGAUCGAGUCGACUCACCUUAAAC